AGGGCUGGGCCCUCGGCCGCUUCACUCCGCCUGCCGCCUGCCGCCUGCCCCUCUGCGCAGAUCUGAGCGGAGUCGAGGCGUUUGUGCGCAGACAGACCUUCCUGUGAAUUAAAUCGCCGGCUUCGGCCCGGGAUCCCACCCUCGAGAGUCCACGUUUACCCGUCUGUCCGGUUUGCUGUGCAUUGUGCAGUCCUGCCGGCAAGGCUCGGCUUGACAGGAACUGCCUGUUAACUGCUCUUGUCUUGUUUUUACUGGAUUAUUCAUCUUUUACAUACUGGAGGUGUGCCCUUGAUCCUAAAGGCUGUUUUGUCCACUUUGUUGGCUCUUGCAACUUCUCUGACCUGUGUCCUUUUUCAGGUGAUUGGUCUUCGUUGUAGCUAGAGCUAUCAUGGCUUCCAGUCACACAGUGUUGAUGCGGUUGGUGGCCUCCGCGUAUUCUAUUGCUCAGAAGGCAGGGACUAUCGUUAGACGCAUCAUUGCUGAAGGAGACCUCGGCAUUGUGGAGAAGACCUCGGCCACAGACCUGCAGACCAAAGCUGACCGCCUGGUGCAGAUGAGCAUAUGUUCCUCCCUGGCCCGGAAGUUCCCCAAGUUGACAAUUAUUGGGGAGGAGGAUCUGCCUCCUGAGGAAGUGGACCAAGAGCUGAUUGAAGAUGGCCAGUGGGAGGAAAUUCUGAAGCAACCAUGCCCUUCACAGUACAGUGCCAUUAAAGAGGAAGAUCUUGUGGUUUGGGUCGAUCCUUUGGAUGGCACCAAGGAAUACACUGAAGGUCUUCUUGACAAUGUAACGGUUCUUAUUGGGAUCGCGUAUGAAGGAAAAGCCAUAGCGGGCAUUAUUAACCAACCAUAUUACAACUACCAGGCAGGACCAGACGCUGUGUUGGGGAGGACCAUCUGGGGUAUUUUGGGUCUAGGUGCCUUUGGGUUUCAGCUGAAGGAAGCUCCUGCUGGAAAGCACAUUAUCACCACUACCAGAUCCCACAGCAACAAGUUGGUCACGGACUGUAUUAUGGCUAUGAAUCCCGAUGAUGUGCUGCGAGUGGGAGGGGCAGGAAAUAAGAUCAUUCAGCUGAUUGAAGGCAAAGCCUCUGCUUAUGUGUUUGCAAGUCCUGGAUGUAAGAAAUGGGAUACUUGUGCUCCAGAAGUUAUCUUACAUGCUGUGGGAGGGACGUUGACAGACAUUCAUGGGAACGCCCUCCAGUACAGUAAGGAGGUGAAACACAUGAAUUCUGCAGGAGUCCUGGCCGCACUGAGAAACUACGAGUACUAUGCAAGCUGUGUUCCAGAGUCUGUCAAGAACGCACUUGUUCCGUGAAGGAACAGCUCGUUUCCUUACCCAGGAGGACUUGAUUCUCAGUUACACACCUUAGAAUCGAUUGAACAAAUCAGAGUUCCACCUUCAUCCAUCAUUGAUCAAUGAUUUAUAUUAGUAAUUAGGGAUAGAAAAUAGUAUAAAGAAUUUCAGUUUAUUGUAGUCUAAUCCUCUUAGGACUUAGGUAUAUAAAAAAUGUUGUCUUUUCUCCUGUUUAAAAACAAAAGGCCAGGUCUGGUGGCACAUGCCUGUAAUCAUAGCUAUUCUGAUGGUUGAGCGAGGAGAAUUGCUUGAGCCCAGGGCUCAAGACCAGUCUCAGCUACAUAGCAAGAUGUUGCCUUUUAAGAAAAAAAUGUAGUUUUAUUAAUUAAUCAGCCAGACCAUUUGUUUUGACAUCUGGAGAAUUUUUAACCCAGUGUCUUAAAUUUUCUUGUUUUUAUGUGCAGACAUGAAAAAAGGAUUAGCUCCAA